AUGGCUUCCGCUCGACGUAGUUGGCGUCUCGAUUCUAAAGAAAUUUUUGAUGUUUUGGUAAAUGAUGUUGACUCAGACAUUGAGGAAGACCCGGAAAUUCAAAUUGAAGAGGUAAUUCAAGACUUACAUGAGGUGGUUUCGGUCCAAGAUCAUGAAAAUGAUGAUGCUGACAUGUCAGAGAACGUAUCUGAACCAGAACAGGGUCGAAGUCUAGGUCGCUCGAGACCUACACUUCGAGGCAGAACGAGAUCGCGCGGCGGACGCGUUCGGUCAGGGGCGCGCUCGACUACCCGCUGCAGCAGCGGCAGACAUGCAUCAACUUCUAUCAGGGAAAUGGAUGAAGCUAAUGGAUGGUCAUACGAAGCAGUGCAGCAGCCGCCGGAAAAUCCAGUAUUUCAAGAAAUAUCUCGCGUAUUAGCCCCGAUUGAUGAAAAUUCGUCACUGUUCGAUUGUUUCUCAAUUUUUUUUCCUGAUUCUUUUUGGAAAUUGCUCAAGACUGAAACAAAUCGUUAUGCAGCUCAAAUGAAGGCUAAACAAACGCGACAAGGUAUCCUGAAACCUGGCACUAUGCUUUAUCAAUGGAAACCAGUCACGAAACAGGAACUGAAAACAUUUUUUUCCGUAGUGAUUCAUAUGACACUCGUUCAAAAAGAAAGUUUUGAUUCUUACUGGUCAACUCGUGAAAUAAUAGAAACUUCAUUGCCAGAAAGCACAUGA